UGUGCACUUCAAGUCCUGCAGACACUUCCGCAUGCCUGGAGCCUACCAAGAGUCUUUCAUUGGAUGUAAAACAACCCAGUUUAGAAGCGGAUGGAGAAACAACAGGCAGUGAUGGAGUCUGUGUGUUCCGCUGUUUGUGGAUGAGAAAGGGAAGAAAGGGAAAAAAAAAAAAAAAAACAAAACAAAACAAAACGACAAGACAACCAAAUCGGUAAGAUGACAGCACAAGGGGUUUUGCCAUUCGAUCUGGGAUCAAAUAUCAAUCGACCGAAUCCCUCAGCGCAUUUAGCCAACUCAAGAGCUGCCAUUCUCGGACAUUGCUUGUUUGUCAUUUCUUCUCAAAGAAACCCGACAGGAUUCGAACGUCUGCCAAAAGAUUGUCCAGGAUCUGCUGGACUGGACCAACCCGACCAAAGGCAAGAAAGCCAACAGUUAGAUGAAAUAAAAAGGGCUGGCCGUCAUCCGCUUGACGUGGAAAGGGAGAAAUACCUAUAUGCUUGCAGCUUACUCGGUGGAAUCUGCAGUGGUUGAUGCAAGAUACUGCUUCGUGCUGCUGUCUUCUACCAUUCUGUUAUUGAUCUGCCUUUGACAUUAGUAA